GAAAAAAUUUCCAUUGUGUGUGGAAUACUAACCUAUAUUAACAUUCUCAAUUUUAUUUGUAAAUGUUUCAAAAAUUUUGAUUAAACUUUUUAUAUACUAUUUCAACGCUAAUUUACUUUGUUUAGUAAUUUAAUAACCACCAAAUCAUGGCUAAAAUUCUCUUGCAUGUUUUUAAUGAUUUAAAACGUUAAAAAUGAAGAUAACAAACCAAUAACCAAAACAAGUGAAUUUCUUUUAUAUUUCAGUGUUUUAUCACAUAAUCCAAAAUGGGUCAAACACUGGGUGAGCCAGUUACAGCUAAGAAAUCGUCCUGCUGUCAAAACUGCGAUUACAAAGUGGGAUCAAGUUGUAUGCAGGGAUGGAGAAUAAAUAUGGAGGAUUCGCACACACAUAUUCUUUCCUGUCCAGAUGAUCCUCAGUGUGCAUACUUUGGAGUAUUUGAUGGACAUGGAGGAAGUACAAUAGCUCAAUACGCGGGAACAAAUUUGCACAAAUAUAUCAUGGAUCGACCAGAAUAUAGAGAGGGAAAUAUGGAAGAGGCGUUAAAACAGGGUUUUCUAGAUUUGGAUGCAGCAAUGCGCCAAGAUGACUUGCUCAAGGAUCUGAUGGCAGGAAGUACCGCCAUUUGUGUUCUCAUCAAAAACAACACUCUUUAUUGUGCGAACGUGGGUGACUCGCGAGCAGUGGCGAGUGUUCGCGGCGAGACAGUGGCGCUAUCCUACGACCACAAACCGAACAACGAGGACGAACUGCGUCGCAUUACGGCGGCCGGCGGUUGGGUGGAGUACAACCGAGUCAAGGGCAACCUCGCCCUCUCCAGGGCACUCGGGGACUUUGUCUUCAAGAAGAACAAACAGAAGAGACCCGAGGAGCAGAUUGUCUCAGCACUGCCGGAUGUGAAAAUACACACACUGACACCAGACUGGGAGUUCGUAGUGAUCGCCUGUGAUGGCAUCUGGGAUGUCAUGUGCAAUGAGGAAGUGACCCAGUUUGUGCGCAUGCGCAUAGCGCACGGCAUGGAGCCGGAGGACAUCUGCGAGGAGCUGAUGACGCGGUGCCUGGCGCCCGACGGCCAGAUGGGCGGACUCGGCUGUGACAACAUGACCGUGGUCAUUGUGUGUCUCCUGCAUGGCCAGCCAUACGCCAAACUGGCCACCAAGUGUCAGCUGAAGCCUCCAAACACUACAGGACCCAAUUUGCUUGAUCCCAACUUGCUUGAUCCUAACAGAUUUCCUGAUCUGUAAUCCAAGUGACCCAAACUUGUUGAUAGGUUGGUGACAAUUGACCCAAAUUAAUGUGUAACAAGUGACCCAAAUUAAUAUGUUUCUGAUUUGUGAUAGGUUGAUUUCAACCUACAAUAUUUAUUGUCAUUUCUCGAAAAAGGAUCAGUCAUGAAACACAAGUCUGUUUGUGACUCAAAUUGUUUGUAAUAGGUUGAUUUCAAUCUAUAAUAUUGAUUGUCAUUUCUCGAAAAAGGAUCAGUCAUGAAACACAAGUCUGUUUGUGAAUCAAAUUGUUUGUAAUAGGUUGAUUUCAAUCUACAAUAUUGAUGGUCAUUUCUCGAAAAAGGAUCAGUCAUGAAACACAAGUCUGUUUGUGAAUCAAAUUGUUUGUAAUAGGUUGAUUUCAAUCUACAAUAUUGAUUGUCAUUUCACGAAAAAGGAUCAGUCAUGAAACACAAAUCUGUUUGUGACUCAAAUUGUUUGUAAUAGGUUGAUUUCAAUCUACAAUAUUGAUUGUCAUUUCUCGAAAAAGGAUCAGUCAUGAAACACAAGUCUGCUUGUGACUCAAAUUGUUUGUAAUAGGUUGAUUUCAAUCUACAAUAUUGAUUGUCAUUUCUCGAAAAAGGAUCAGUCAUGAAACACAAGUCUGUUUGUGAAUCAAAUUGUUUGUAAUAGGUUGAUUUCAAUCUACAAUAUUGAUUGUCAUUUCUCGAAAAAGGAUCAGUCAUGAAAUACAAGUCUGUUUUUGAAUCAAAUUGUUUGUAAUAGGUUGAUUUCAAUCUACAAUAUUGAUGGUCAUUUCUCGAAAAAGGAUCAGUCAUGAAACACAAGUCUGUUUGUAACACAAAUUGUUUGUAAUUUGUUAAUUUCAAUCUAUAAUAUUGAUUGUCAUUUCUCGAAAAAGGAUCAGUCAUGAAACACAAGUCUGCUUGUGACUCAAAUUGUUAAGUUUCCAAAAUUUUAAUCAGUUGGUUUCAACUUACAAGUGACCCAAUUUUUUUAUCUACGAGUGACCCUAAUUAAUGUGAUCUUUCGAAAAUGCAGCACUUAUCAAACUCAAGCCCGUUUUUGUUACCUUAAUUAAUGUGUAACUUUAUUUUAAAUAAGUUGGUUUACACCUUUGAGAGAUCCAAAUUAAAUUGAUUUAAAAAUUGAAGAGGUUAUAGAAUAUUGAAUUCUACAUAAAAAUCCUCUUUGUAAAUAUUGCAGCUGGCUGUUUUCUCAUUGUAUGCAUUUAUUUAAUAGAAAUUGUGUAUUCAAUGUGGCGCGAUUAAAUUAUUUUAUAAUUAACUGAAAUUAUCGAUUGAGCUGUUAUCAGAAAUCACUUCCCGAUUUGUAAUGUUGUUCAACUUUUUUUCUUUGAAAAAUCCUGUAUUUUAAUUGUUAAAUUGUUCUAUUAGUAUUCAUUACUAGAAACUGUUCAGUAGCUCAAACUUUGGACAUUGUUCAAAGCAAUCUAUCAUCAGUUAUCCAUCUUGAGUAUAAUGGAAAUUGUUAUAUUCUUCUAUCAUGCUGACUGUAAAUAUUGGUAGAUACAAAAUAAUAUUUGUAAGAUCUGUAGAUUUGUUAAGAGUUUGCUUUUGUUAGAAAUUGAUGUUGCUUGUUUUUCAGUCAAACUCUAAAAAAGUUAUUUAUCCUUGUAAAAAAAUAAUAUAAUGCACAGAAAUAUCAUUGUUCUUGUUUUGAAUCGAGAAAUUCAAAUAAAUUCAUAGAUUAUUUUGAAGAGACUCUGAAUAGAUAGAGUACUCUGAUAUUCUGAAAAGACUUGUAAAAUAUCUGUUCUAAUUUGAAUACCUUCUAUGAUAAUAGAAUCUCUUAUAUUUAUUUGUAAAUGUUAUAUUUACAAAAUCCCAAUUUUUUGGACAUGAUUUGUUUCAUCUGCUACAAUUAAUAUGAUUGUAAUUUGUUUUAAAUUUAUUGUAAAUUAUGUGUAACUUGAUGCCAUACUACUUAUUACAUAAAGUAUUAUUAAAUCAUUGCCAUUAACCUAAUUUUAUUAGAGUUGUAUACUUUAAAUCAAAUAUUUUCAAAACUUUAAUCAAGAUGUGAUUAAUUUUCAGCUAUCAACGUAAAUAAUUUAAAUUUUAAUGAUUGAUAAUUUGCUAAGUGUUAAGUAGUGUUAAGUCGGUGUAUAGACUAGAGCAACGUUCUUUUUUGAGUCUGAUAAAAUUGAAAAAUGUUAUCCCUUAAUGCGUAAUUAUUGAUGUUUAUUACAGCCGGUUCUGUAAUUCGGUGUUAUAGCGUAAGUUAGAUUAUAGAAUUGUUAAAUUCUAGAUUUAUUUUGCCAUUUCCAACGAAAUUCUGUACAAUCAAGUCUACUCAUUGAGAUUUUGUUUAAUUAAUGAGUAAACGCAUUUUGUCAAUGAUUAUUUUCUAACUAAACAAUGAGUAACGUUCAUCGAUUUCAUUAUUAUUUGUCUUCAGAUUAAAUUGAACCAGCUGGCCUGGGAAAACUUAAAAUAAAUGUUAAACAGGUUUCAGUUAUAAGUGGUAUGAAACACUCUUUCCACAAAAUCGAUCAAAUUGUAAAAUAUGAUAAAAUGUAGAAGACGUCUUUGUGAUAUUAAAUUUAUAUUUGUGUCUCAA